GCUUCACCUUUACAAAUCUCUUUGGGUCACUCGGAGAGUUUGGGCUGCAAAAUGAUUUCUUCUCUCGUUCUCAUAUCUCUCAGCUCUCUGGAUUGAAAGGAUUGUUCUGGCUUUAAUGCUAGAGCUCCAGUUGCUGUUUUCUGUAUGUAUGUGUGAAAAUUAAGUUUCCUAAAGUGAACCCAUCUCGGAAAUUUUGAGUUCUCAGUUGGGAACUGCGAGAAUUCUUCACGCCCAGACUGUAGUUUCAGGAACUUCAGGCGACCCAGUUUGAGUUUUAGGGAGAUAUCUGGGAAAAGUGUUGGGAAUUCAUGGAUACAUUACUUAAAACUCAUAACAAGCUUGAAUUUUUGCACCCGCUUCAUGGGUUUUCAGAGAAAGUUAGUAAUUUGAAUUCUUCGAAGCUUCAAAACCAGGAGCUGAGAUGUGGCCUUAGAAAGUCUCAUAUGAAAUUGAGCCGGACUGGUCUUGUUAAGGCUAGUAGCAGUGCUCUUCUGGAGCUUGUUCCAGAAACCAAGAAGGAGAGUCUUGACUUUGAGCUUCCCAUGUAUGACCCAUCAAAGGGUCUUGUGGUGGACCUUGCAGUUGUAGGCGGCGGUCCUGCAGGACUUGCCGUGGCACAGCAAGUCUCAGCGGCAGGGCUUUCUGUUUGCUCGAUUGACCCGUCUCCCAAAUUAAUUUGGCCCAAUAAUUAUGGUGUUUGGGUGGAUGAAUUUGAGGCCAUGGAUUUGCUUGAUUGCCUGGACACUACCUGGUCUGGUGCUGUUGUGUUCAUAGAUGAGCAGACGAAAAAGGAUCUUGACAGACCUUAUGGAAGGGUUAACAGGAAGCAGCUUAAGUCCAAGAUGCUGCAAAAAUGCAUAUCGAAUGGUGUCAAAUUUCACCAAGCUAAAGUAAAUAAGGUUAUUCACGAGGAGGAAAAAUCACUGUUGAUUUGCAAUGAUGGUGUCACUAUUCAAGCUGCUGUGGUUCUUGAUGCAACUGGUUUUUCAAGAUGCCUUGUACAGUAUGAUAAGCCCUACAAUCCAGGUUACCAAGUGGCUUAUGGGAUUUUGGCGGAGGUUGAAGAGCAUCCAUUUGAUGUAGAUAAGAUGGUUUUUAUGGAUUGGAGAGACUCACACUUGAACAAUAAUAUCGAACUGAAGGAGAGAAAUGCUAGGAUCCCUACUUUUCUAUAUGCAAUGCCUUUUUCAUCCAAUAGGAUAUUUCUUGAAGAAACUUCCCUGGUAGCUAGGCCUGGAGUACCUAUGAAAGAUAUCCAGGAUAGGAUGGUUGCUAGGUUAAGGCACCUAGGCAUUAAAAUUAAGAGCAUUGAAGAGGAUGAGCAUUGUGUCAUUCCAAUGGGGGGCCCCCUUCCAGUGCUCCCUCAAAGAGUUGUUGGAAUUGGUGGUACAGCUGGGAUGGUGCAUCCUUCAACUGGUUAUAUGGUUGCAAGGACUCUGGCAGCGGCUCCUAUUGUUGCAAAUGCGAUAGUUCAGUACCUUGGUUCUGAUCGAAUUCUUUCAGGAAAUGAACUGUCUGCAGAAGUUUGGAAAGAUUUAUGGCCCAUAGAAAGGAGGAGACAAAGGGAGUUUUUCUGUUUUGGUAUGGCUAUUCUGCUUAAGCUUGAUUUGAAAAGUACUCGGAGGUUUUUCAAUGCAUUCUUUGAUCUAGAACCCCGUUAUUGGCACGGAUUCUUGUCAUCUCGACUCUUUCUACCUGAUCUUGUAUUUUUUGGGCUUUCACUGUUUUCUCAUGCUUCUAAUGCUAGUAGAAUAGAAAUUAUGGCAAAGGGGACUCUUCCAUUGGUAAAGAUGAUCAACAACUUGAUACAGGAUAGAGAUUAGGACUGAUGUUAUUUGUAUUAAGCAAAUUGCGUCGAUAAAUUUGCAUCUUUGAAAAUACUUACAAUUGCUAAUAGUUGUCAGCAAAUCAUUAUGAAUCAGCUACUCUUUUUUUAUAACAAAAAGGAAAAAAAAAGGAAGAAAAAGGAAUCAUCUGUACCUUAUUAUUAUAUGUACAA